AUGGCUGGCUCAUACCUUUUCUUUUACCAAAUUGCUUUAGCCAUAUCAGUCCUAUGCUUUUUUAAGCCGUCAACAGCUGGAAACAACCAAACUGAUAGGUUAGCAUUGCUUGAUAUCAAAGCCAAAAUAAGCCACGAUCCUCUCAGUGUCAUGAGCUCAUGGAACCACUCCCUUCACUUUUGCGACUGGUAUGGAGUCAUCUGUAACCAGAAACACCAAAGAGUGGAGACUCUUGAUUUGCAAUCGUCCAAGCUCACAGGUACAAUCUCUCCUCAUAUCGGAAAUCUAAGUUUUCUACAGCGCUUAUAUCUUUCUAACCAUAGUUCUGCGGGCACAAUUCUACUCGAAAUUGAUCGUUUGCGUAGGUUGAAAGCUAUGUUUUUGUACAGUAAUUUCCUAGAAGGGGAGAUUCCUUUGAAUAUAUCAAGUUGCUAUAACCUUGUCUACAUAAACGUAUCCAAUAACAGGUUGGUGGGUGAAAUCCCCCAUACAUUCGGUUUGCUUGAAAAUUUGCAAGAUCUUAUCUUAACUAAGAACAACCUAAAAGGAGACAUCCCUUCCUCUUUAGGCAACUUAUCCGCCCUAUCUACCCUCUACAUAUCUGAAAACUACUUGGUCGGAAAGAUACCAGAUUCUCUGGGCAAACUACAAAAUCUAACCGCUCUAGUGUUAGAAAAUAACAGGUUAUCAGGAACAAUUCCAUCCUCAAUCUAUAACCUCUCUUUAUUGACAGAUUUAAGUUUUUUACAGAGUGAGUUGGAAGGUUACCUCCCUUCAUCUUUAGGCAACACUCUUCCUCAUCUUGUAUGGUUUAGCAUAUACGAUAACCGAUUCACAGGCUAUAUUCCAGCUUCGAUAUCUAAUGCAACAAAUCUAGAAGUUAUCGAUAUAUCAAAAAUUAAUCUUAAAGGGCAAGUUCCUAACAUGCACACUCUUACAAGGCUUUAUCAACUUGUAAUGGCCAGAUCAAAGACUUGA